AUGCUAGCUUCAAUGAAGGCCGAGCUUCAGUGUUGGCAUGAAAAGAUGCAGAGUGCGAAUGGGAUAUUGCUCGCUUUACAAGAGUUGUAUGGUGAGAACUCAAUGGUGAAGGAAUAUGAAUCGUGUUUGACAUUGUUCACAAUGAGGCUUACGAAGAGAGUUUCCCCAAAUAAUCAUGUAAUCAAGAUAAUUAAUAUCAUCGGGCAAUUGCGUACACUUGAGAUUGUGAUACUAGAUAGUCUUGAGGUGAAUUUGAUUCUGCAAUCCCUUCCACCAAGUUUCAAGCCCUUCAUUACAAAUUAUAAUCUCGAUACGAUUGAGCACACUCUUGCAGAACUGGCGAAUGAGAUUCAACAGUUCUAUAAGCAGGGAAGAAAGGAGAAGGCCCAAGAGGAUGUUUUUGCUUCUAGUAAGACUAAGAAGAUGCAAUGA